AAGAUAAUCCAUUACCAAACUAUCACCGAAACACUCAGUGACCUUCUUCACUUCUUCUUCUUCUACUUAUCUUCAAGCGGUAAGGACAGAAAGAUUCCAAAAUGGCUCACUCGUGGGAUCAACUAGGGGAAAUAGCUUCAGUGGCACAGCUUACAGGAGUAGACGCCGUGAAACUCAUCGGAAUGAUAGUCACCGCCGCGAACACAGCUCGCAUGCACAAGAAGAACUGCCGCCAGUUCGCACAGCAUCUUAAGCUCAUUGGUAACUUGCUCGAGCAGCUUAAAAUCUCCGAGAUGAAGAAGACGCGUCCCGAGGUUCAGGAGCCGCUCGAAGGGCUUGAAGACGCUCUUAGAAGAUCUUACCUUCUUGUCAACAGCUGCCAAGACAAGAGUUAUCUCUACUUGUUAGCCAUGGGAUGGAACAUUGUUUACCAGUUUCGUAAGGCUCAGGACGAGAUCGAUCGUUAUCUCAAGAUCAUCCCGCUUAUCACUUUGGUCGACAACGUUCGGGUUCGGGAGAGGCUUGAAGUUAUUGACAGUGAUCAGCGUGAGUACACGCUCGAUGAAGAAGAUAGAAAGGUGCAAGAUGUUAUUUUGAAACAAGAAUCCACCAGAGAAGCUGCUGCGUCGGUUCUCAAGAAGACGCUCUCUCGUUCUUACCCGGAGAUGGGUUUCUGCGAAGCGCUUAAAACGGAGAAUGGGAAGUUGCAAGUUGAGUUGCAACGUUCGCGUGCGCGUUAUGACACGGACCAGUGCCAAGUCAUACAGCGUUUGAUUGCUGUUACUGAAACUGUUGAAGAUGUAGAUGAUGAACCUGUGAAAGAUGACUCCUAUGAUGCGGUUUAUCCAAAGAAAAGUAGUACUAGAGGGUUGGAAUCACCACAACACCAGGAAGAAUGGCACACUGACUUGUUGGAUUGUUGCUCAGAGCCUACUCUAUGCUUGAAGACAUUCUUUUUCCCAUGUGGUACAUUAGCAAAGAUAUCCACUGUGGCUACUAACAAACAAAUCACUUCAAGUGAAGCUUGUAGUGACCUAAUGGUGUACUCUUUGAUACUCUCAUGCUGCUGCUAUACUUGUUGCAUAAGGAAGAAGCUUCGGAAGACGCUGAGUAUAAAGGGAGGGUCCAUUGACGACUUUUUGUCACAUCUAAUGUGUUGUUGUUGUGCUCUUGUCCAAGAACUGAGAGAAGUCGAGAUUCGUGGAGCUUCUUACGGUAAACAUAUACAUUUACAGAUAGAUUUUUUACAAAGUUUUGAAUCUUUUGAUCUAAUAUUUAAAGCAGAAACAGAGAAAAAGAAGAUGAAAAACAUGACUCCACCUUUACCUCAGUUCAUGGAAGAAUGAAACUUUUCUAACACGGAGCAGAACAUUAAUCUUGGAUGAUUUUCCUUGAAUAUUUAAUUUAAAUUAGAGUCUCCAUGGAUAUUAUCAGAACGCUCCUUGGUACUUUUCCUUUACAUAGAAUAUGUAAAUUAUGUAGGUGACAUAACAUUUGUAAUCAAUGGACAUUUGACGAAAAUAGCAUGAACCAAACUCGUUGUUACAGUG